GAUGUUGUCGACCUGAAGGAUAAGCGGGUCGGUGUUAGUCGACUGGGAAGUGGCUCUCACAUCAUGUCGUUUGUCCUUGCUCAGAAGCACGGCUGGAAACCCGAUUCCUUGACUAGCGUCCCAUUGGGACCCUUCCAGGCUCUGCGCAACGGAGUGACUGGGUACGAUCCCUCUCACCCGGAGAAGAAGCCUGAACCUACUGCUGAGUUCUUCAUGUGGGAACAUUUCACAACGAAGCCGUACUUCCACCCGACAGCUGAGAAGCCCCAUCCGCCACUCAAGAAAAUUGGAGAAAUCUACACACCGUGGCCGUCUUGGAUGAUCGUGGCGUCAACAGCUGUAUUCCCAGACCCGGAGGUUGAUGGUAAGCUGCAACAACUGUUCAAGCUCUUGGACCAAGGUAUCAAGGAUUUCGAGGCCGAUACAGCGCAGGCUGUGAGGCUACUUGGUACUGGAGAGCUGGGAUGUACUUAUGUAGAGGAGGAUGCUACGGAAUGGCUAAAGGAUGUCAAGUUCGUCCAGGGCACCAGAGGCGUAAACCGGAAGACCAUCGAGGGUGUAGUGGAUGUCCUCAAGGUGGCGGGGGUGAUUGACAGCGCAAUGAGCAAUGAUGAGGCUAUUACACGAGUUGUAGGGGUUCAUCGGUAG